AUCGUAUGGAGUAAGUAAUGGCUUGAAUAUUUGCGUCCAUAAAUUAACUUUUUGUUCCCAGAAUAAAUCCAUUGAAGGAUUCAAAUCUCACUUUUGUUUUAUGAGAUGAUCCAGAUCCAGCUGCCUUCAUCCACCACCAGGGGUCGCAUGUUUUCCACAAGGACUCGAUUUGCCAAAGAAAUGUUCUGGGCAGUCCUUGCUGGCGUCAUCAUCAGUGGCUUAAUAUUUGUAUUCUAAUGGCACCACGGGUUAUGCGGAAGGGUAAAUAACCAGAGAGAACAUCGUCUGACACGGCCCAGAUGUAAGAAUGAUGGAGCCGUUGGACUAGGGUCGGAACGAAUCGGAAUAAUUAACCAACGUGACGCUGCUGCUGCUGUUGAAGGCAAUACACACGCACUGCCCGUAUGCUCGAUGUGUGUUCAACGAUGAAGAGCGCUUUCCAGCCGCAUUAGGGGUGCAAACAGGAUUCACACAAUCUGUCUUUCAUGUACUCUGGUCUCCUUUAACAAGCUCAUGGGGAGAUCCUAGAUUCUCCAUACUUGGGAGCAGGUUGAUCCAAUGCAUUUCACAAGAGCAACACCGUUGAAGAAUUUCGAUUCGGAAUUAACGGGUUGAGCCAUGUUUAGGCAGAGCAUUAACAAAGCCGUUUCGGGGUUCGGAGGCUUGACGGAAUGGCCCGAUUUUGGGAUGCUGUUACCGGUUUGCUUGGCGACAAACGGAAAAAAGCCACUGGCGACGAAUGGCACGCUGGCCAGGUGUUCUCUGACCGUGUGGACCCUGGUGCUGCUGCUGCUGCACUGCUCCCUAGCUGCCGAAGUGGCCAAACCCUCAGACAGUCUGGGAGCCUCCAGGGAGCUUGAACCCGGUCCUGCAGAUGCUGCUGGAGGAGCGGGUUCCAACGCCCGGGCCGAAGCCGGCACGGAGAAGUGGAAGCCGGGUGUCAGCGCGGGGGCUGUCGCGCCGGCCCGGCCCAGGGAACCAGCCGCCCUCUCCCCCCGGGGCCGGGCCCCGCCCCGGGGGGAGAGGGGCCCGGGGGGGGGGGGCCCGCCUUCAUGCUGGUGGACCCCCUCGCGGGGCCGCUGUCGGCCGGGGGCCUGCCGCUGGGACUGCUGUCUAAAGCCGCCUGGGCCAGAAGCUCCUCGUCGAUGCCCUCCAAGACGCCCAAGCCCAAGGCCGCGUCCCAGCCGCCGUCCUCCGCCGCGGCGCGCGCCGCCAGCCGGGAGAACCAAACGGCCGCCACGCAAACGCUGUCCCCGGGCGCCCGCAGCGCCAACCUGUCCAGCAGCAACCCCAGCUCCGACGCGGAGGAGCCAAUGAGCAGCCUCCCCGCCUGGGACCUGCCCACCAUCCCGGAGUCUCUGCUGUCCACCCUCGGCGACCACGACAUCACGCUGCCCGACAACAUCACCAGCCCCUUCUCCACCCACCAGUGGAACACCACCGCCCCCGGGCGCCCUGGGAAGAGCUCCAAGCAGAGCCCCGCCUCCACCACCCCCACCUCCUCCUCCCCCACCACCUCCACCCCCACCUCCUCCACCCCCACCACCUCCCCCACCACCUCCACCACCACCUCCUCCACCCCCACCACCUCCCCCACCACCUCCUCCACCUCCAGGAUGCACCUGACUCCGCCUCUCGCUGUCACCACCACGGCCGCGCCGCCGCCUCCCUCCACCGGGGGCACCACCCUGCGGGCCCCGCUGGCGUCCCCCACGCCCCGGGGCCCCGGCACACGGGGGCCGCCGGCAGCCGCCAGUCGGCCUCGGUACCCGCGGCGACGCCCCCCCCCGCUGCGAACGGGUCACGGGGCGCCGUGGCGGGAACGGGCGCGCCGGCCCCGACGUCAGCCCCCCCCGCCGCCCCCCGUUACCACAACGACCACCACCACCACCGCCGCCACAACGACCACACCUGCGCCAACGACGACCAGUACCACCACCACCACCACCACCACCGCCGCUGCUACGACCAGCACCCCCAGCAGAACCACCACCACCACCGCAAAGACACGCACCGCCGCCGCCGCCGCCGCCGCCGCCGCCGUCCCGGAGCGGACCACGCCGGCUCCGCCCACCACCACGGAGCCUCCGCCCAGCUCCACCUCCGAGGAAGGGGCGCUGCCCUGCAACAUCACCGAGAAGUACUGGCUCAAAACGGUGCUGUCCAUCCAGUUGCGCCGGAACCGCCUCGAUCUGAUCCUGAAGCAGAAUCUGGCCAAAGGGCUGAGCCACGCCCUGCAGCGGGCGCUCAACGACACCAACGCUAGUGCUCAGAUGGAGCAGGACGCCUGCAGCCCCUACAACGUCACGCUGGCCUACUACGUCACCAGCGGGAAAACCAUCUACAUCGCCUCGCUGGUGGUGGAGGCCCUGAACGUUUACGGCUUUGACAAGCUGCUGUCGGACAUCAGGCAGCACACCCCGUUGGUCAGGGCCGUGCUGGUUCCGGUGGCCACAUGGCUGGUGGCCCCAAGUGUACAUCUGCAGCUGAAAACAGUGCUGCGCUUCAUCGGCCCCACGGACAACGUCUACUCCUGCAGCUUCGUGCAGCUGCUGGAGCAGCGGCUGGAGAACGCCUUCGACGAGGCCCAGGACAAAGUGCUGGAGACCUACAGCCGGCUCACCGUGGAGAUCCAGAGUGUGUCCCAGGUCCCGGCCUCCCCCUCCGUGGCGGUGGUGUACGUGGUGCGAAACCAGGACGCCUUGCUCAACGGCACCAUCUCCAGCGGCCUCCUCAACCAACUGACCGCAGAGCUGGUGGGCUACUUCCUCUUCUACCCCCCCCUUCUCAUUGCCGAGCCCCUAGAAUACCACAACCUGAACACGUCCGCGGCGACAAAGAGCUAUUGGGUGAUCACAGUGAUCCAGGACGUGGACACUGGUUCCCUGGAGACCAGCUACCAGAGCUUCGCCAGCCUGAUGGAGCAGCGUCUGGCCGAGCUCUUCCUGGUGGCGGGGCGUCAGGGCGCCCAGGUGGCCCGCGUCCGCAGGGCCUCCAGCGUGGGGGCGUACACCGUACAGAUGGUGAGCAUGCGUCGCCUGGCAGGACCCAAGGACCCGGCGGAGAUGACCUACUACGCCCAGCUCAACGGAGAGCCCAUCCUGGGCACGGCGGCCGCCAAGACCCUGAGCACCCUGGACUCCCAGACCAUGGCCCUGACCCUGGGCUACUUCGUACAAGUACAGGCCGAACCUGUAGUGAAGACUCCUCCGGUAACCUGUGGCUGCUGGCCGUUGAUGACCCCCGUAGCGCUGCUGUUGGUGGUGUUGGGCAUGGUGGCCUUCAUCCUCUGCAAGAGGAACCGGGUCAUCUUCAAGACCAGCGCCUUCAGGACCUUCAAGACCCGCUCCAAGACCUCGUAUCGAAGGGAAGGCAGUUACCACCAUCAGCCAGUCCAAGGCUUUGACUACGCCAAGAAGCACAUUGGUCGACCAGGGGAUGAAACCACCUCUGUUACCAAGGAAACGCUGUUGCUGGCCCUCCCGGCGCGGGAUGCUCCACUGUCAUUGGAGAGGAAGGCCUACCAGGAUGGGACAGCCAAUAAGAGGCCUUCGUCCACUGACAUGCACAAAGGAGGGAUAACGGGUUUGUCCCUACCUGUGAUUCCCCCCCCACCCCCCCCCCCCCCUACAGAUCCUUACGAGGACCACUCCGGCUCGCUGCGUCUGAUCACCAUCAAGCCCAUGACGGCUCAGCCCACAUACUCCUAUCCCUCCUCCUCCUCCCACAGCCAGGACUCGGUGGUCGUCAACGGGGAGUCCAACCACAGCGGGCUGAAGCAGAAGUCUGACAUCGAGCACUACAGGAACAAGCUCCGUCAGAAGGCCCGGAGGAAGGGCUACGGGGAGUUCUCGCUCUCCGGCAGCGGCAGCCACGCCCACGGCCAACGGGACGCCCGGCGCGGUCGCCACGACAACGGGCUCAAGGAGCCGAUGACGGCGGAGGAGAAACGGGCCUCCUUUGCCGGAUGCCAUAAAGGGUACUCCCAGCGCGAGCCGGCCUACUGGAGCCGGCAGUCCCUGAGCAGCUCCAGCCCGCUGGAGACGGAGAUGGACCUGCUGCUGCUGCGGGAGCGCUCGCGCAGGGGCAUCCGCAACAACGGCUACGACGCGGAGGCAGAGCCCUUCGAGGAGACCAACGUGGACCGCCUCAUGACCUCGCUGGGCUUCGGCGGCGGCGGAACGGGCAGCACCAGGAACGGCAGCUUGGGGGUCAAGGGUCACCGCGGCUCGGACUCCUCCACACUCAGCUCCCAGCCCUCCAUCGACGAGGUCCGCUCGCAGAUGCACAUGUUGCUAGGCAACGCCUUCAGCCUAGGCCCCCCGGACCACGACCCCCCGUCGCCGCCGACGACGAGCAGCCACCAUCGCUACAACCCCCACGCCCACACCGCCUACAACCCGGCCCACAGCGCCCCCUACUGCGGGGGGGUGACCAGCGCCCCCGGCACCAUGAACCUGCCCUGCGGGGGCCGCCAGAGGAGCGCGCCCGGCUAUGGGGACGUGCACCAAUGUAGCCUGCCCAAACCGGGGUUCAGGUUCACUCAGCUCCCCGACAUGGGCGUCGGACCCCCCCCCCCACUGAUCCCCUCGCGGCCCGCCCCCCCCCCGGGAACCUCUGUGAGGCGAUCCACUCCAGAUGUGAGUUUGAAACCCCGCCUGGCUGAGACCCCUGAGCAGCACAACGGGGGCCCCUACCCCCCGCCCUCCCGUACCCCCUUUCCUGCUGUCACCGUGGACCAGUCCAUCAGCAGCUACUCAGGUGUGUGUAUGACCGCCGUCUACGCCAUCUCCGCCAACCGCCCGGGCUACUCGGACUACUACGUCAUGUCCCCGCCCGCCUCCUACCGCAGUCCCUCCUGGAUGUCCUACCCGCCCGAGCAGGAGGACCUGCCCCGGCAGUGGAGCGACACCCCCAACUCCCGCCACCUGGAGACGAUCUGCUGAAGUCCAGAUGCUUGCAUUAACAGCUGCUUUCUCGGCGUCCGUUUGGCCAUAGGACUCCUCUACGCCCUGAAGACUUCGUGAAGCUCUCAUGACGCCAUGACACCCCCGGAACGCACUGGGCUGCGCUCCUCUGAAAACAAAAACAAUGCCUAGAGCUCCAGCGCCCCCCCCCCCCCCCCCCCCCCCCCCCCCCCCCCCCCCCCAGGGCAUGCCCCUUUCACUGACCCCCCCCCCCCCCCCCGACAACCACCACAAUACGGCACCUCCAAAGCCCCCUGAUCAAGAGAUCAAGAUCCCCUUUCUAACCAAUGUGAAUACUCAGCCAUAACCGACUCUUUAGGUGUUUAGCUCGCUCUCUCUCUCUCUCUCUCUCUCUCUCUCUCUCUCUCUCUC